AUGGACCGGGCGGUGGUUCGGGUGGUCCCCUCCGAGCCCAAGCUGAGCAUCUCCCUGAACCUGUUCGGUUCUAAUCGGCAGCUCCAGCGGGACCAGACGGAGCCAGUGGGGAAGGCCCUGGCCCGCAUCUCCGCCAGCGCCACCAAGAGCAAGAAGCGGAAGGAGCCGGUCCCGGGGCCCCCGGUACACCUCUUCUACCGGGGACAGCCGGUGCCGGAGGCUCUCCCCAACGCCGAGGCCUGGCAGGAUGGCGCCGAGCUGGUGGUGGAGCGGAGGACAUACCGGGUGGAGCGGAACCCCCGAUGUGUCAUGAACUAGAACUGCCCCGGCACGUCAUGGCCGGCUUCCCGCUGUGCCCCCGGAUCCGGAUGGAGUUCGCCGAUCCCGAUCGCUCCCUCUUUGUCUGGUACAAGCAGGCCCGAACCGGGGACUCUCCUGACCGCCAGGUCGGCCCGGAGUGGGAAGAAGCCGGCCGCCAGCGCGUGUUCCUGCCGGAGGUUGAAGACAUCGGCCUGAAAUUGAAGCUGAUCUGCACCCCGGGGGACGGAGAGCGAUUCGGGGGGAGUCGGGAGGUGGAGGUGGCGUGUCCGGUGGAGGCCGGUCCCGGGGCCUGUACGUUCGAUGAGCGGCACCUGUACACAGAGAGGCCGGCGGAAGUCCCGGUAACCCGGGUGGUGUCCUACAAUGUGCUCGCCGACGUGUACGCCCAGACCCAGCAUGCCCGCACCGUGCUCUUCCCCUACUGCGCCCCCUACGCCCUGGACCUUCACUACCGCCACUGCCUCCUCCACAAGGAGCUCUCCGGUUACCGGGCCGACCUGGUGUGUCUGCAGGAGGUGGACCGGACCGCCUUCCCCGACACCCUGUGCCCGGCCAUGGAGGCAUUUGGGCUGGAUGGACUCUUCCUCCUGAAGGGCAAACAAAAUGAGGGCCUGGCCACCUUCUACCGCCGGAGCCGCUACCGACUGUGUGCGCAGCAUGACGUCCUGCUGGGGGAGGCGCUCACCGAGGACCCCAACCAUGGACCGCUGCUGGACCGAAUGUCCCGGUACCCCACCGCCAUGGAGAAGGUCCUACAGAGGUCCUCCGCUCUACAGGUGACCGUUCUGGAGUCUACAACAGACCCGUCUAAGAAAAUCUGUGUUGCCAACACACAUCUUUAUUUUCACCCCAAUGGAGGCAACAUUCGUCUGAUACAAAUGGCUGUGGCUCUAACCCAUGUUAGGCAUGUGGCUCAUGAACUUUACCCUGGCAUUCCUGUCAUAUUCUGUGGGGAUUUUAAUAGCACACCUUCUACCGGUAUGUACAGCUUCGUAACAGAUGGGACCAUCUCCGAAGACCAUCCUGACUGGAUGUCUAAUGGGGAGAAGGAACGCUGUAACAUGUCUCUUAGCCACCCUCUAAAACUGAAGAGUGCUUGUGGGGAGCCUGCUUACACCAAUUAUGUAGGGGGCUUUCACGGCUGUCUAGAUUAUAUAUUUAUUGACUCAGACAGUUUAGAAGUGGAACAAGUCAUUCCAAUGCCAAGUCACGAAGAUGUCACCAGCCAUCAGGCCUUACCCAGUGUUUCACACCCCUCUGAUCAUAUAGCACUUGUGUGUGAUCUCAAAUGGAAAUAG